AUGCGCCGACCCUACCUCUCCAUUCGCACAUUAUCUUCUCACGUUCGUUGCAACCCCAUAUACGAAGAGACCGAAGCCAAAAAAGCCGAAGCAAACAAGAAACCCGCGACUGGCAUUACAAAAAAGCGCUUUUCUUUCCCAUGCCUUCCAUUCUUCGGUAUGGAUAAAAAGAACGAAUAUCUCAACAUUGAAGAAGACUAUGAUUAA